AUGCAGAAACUGCAGAUACGUUCCCGAUCAUUGGAACAAAUAUCGAGAGAUUUGAUCGACUACAUUUGACCGAUCGACAGCUGGGAGAUAUCCGCGGACGAGAUCAUCGUGGGGCCGCGAAUCGGCUCGGGCUCCUUCGGUACGGUCUACAAGGCGCACUGGCACGGCCCCGUGGCCGUGAAGAAGCUCAAAGUCAAGAUACCGACCCAGGCGCAGCUGCAGGCCUUCAAGAACGAGAUGAUCUUGUUGAGCAAGAUGCGCCAUGAUAAUAUACUGCUUUUUUUAGGCUAUUUAAGCAAACCACCACUGGCCAUUGUGACGCAGUGGUGCGAGGGCUCGUCUUUGUACAAGCACUUGCACGUGUUCGAGUCCAACUUCGAACUGCCGACGCUUAUAAAGAUCGCCCGACAGGUCGCUCAGGGAAUGAGCUAUCUCCACGCCAAGAACAUCAUUCAUCGCGAUUUGAAAAGUCGGAAUAUCUUCCUGCGCGACGAUCUCACGGUGAAGAUCGGCGACUUCGGCCUGGCCCUAGACAAGACGCGCUGGGCCGGCCCGCUGCAGUGCCACCAACCGUUCGGCUCGAUCUUGUGGAUGGCACCGGAAGUUAUUAGAAUGAACGAUGAGAAUCCAUACACGUUCCAGUCGGACGUCUACGCGUUCGGCGUCGUGCUGUACGAGCUGCUUGCCAGUCAGCUGCCCUACUCCAACAUCAGCAACAAGGAGCAGAUCCUGUUCAUGGUCGGCCGCGGCUACCUGCGCCCGGACCUCACCAAGCUGCGCUCGGAGACGCCUCAAGCGCUGCGCCGCCUCAACGAGGACUGCAUCGAGUACGCCCGCGAGAAGAGGCCGCUCUUCAGUCAGAUCUUGACGACUCUCGAGAGCCUGCCGAAAAUAAAACGCUCGGCCUCCGAGCCUCAUCUCGGGACGCAGGUACGGAACAACGACUUCUUGAAUUGGAAUGAUCGGUAUUUAAAUUAA